AUGAACACAAUAUCAGCAUCAGUCGAGUUACCUGACCUCCCUCCUCAAAUUACGUCUCGGUACAUCACUUUGAGUGACCGCGAUGGACUGAACGUCCAUAUCCUGGAGUCGUUUCCAGAUGCAAGCAAUCAUUCAAGCACACCCUGCCAUUUGAUCCUUUUUCUACACGGUUUUCCAGAACUUGCUUACUCAUGGCGCAAAGUCUUGGUACCUAUCGCCAACGCCCAUCAAGGCUAUCAUGUUGUUGCCCCUGACUUGCGUGGUUUCGGGCGAACAACGCUGACAAGAUCCGGAAGCGCCAACCAAGUGCAAUACGAAGAUGCGCUUUCCUCGUAUCAUAUACUCAACAUCGUAGAUGAUGUAUGUUCCCUUGUACGGGCGCUCGGAUAUUCAUCUGUUGCAAUGCUUGUGGGGCAUGACUUUGGGUCUCCUCUUGCGGGACACUGCGUAACCGCGCAUCCGGAACUAUUUGCAUCUGUCGUGUUCAUGAGCGCACCCUUCGGUGGCGUUGGUGGCCCAUCUUGGCCUCAAGCGAGUAACGAAGAUGGAGAUGAUAAAGCGAAGGAACGCUCCAUCGCUUCUUUGGGUUCUGAUAUUACCACUGCACUUGCUGCGCUCCAACCUCCGCGUAAGCACUAUACAGCAUACUUUUCUACUCUUUCCGCCAAUGCGGAUAUGCUUGGUCAAGGGGGAAAGGCUCUGUACGACUUUCUGGGUGGCUACUUCUACAUGAAGAGCGGCAAUUGGGAUAGGAAUGAUCCACACCCCCUACCCUCUGCAUUUUCAAUUUCGCCCAGCAUCAGUGAGCUGGCAAUGGAUCUUGCUACUCUCCCAGAGUACUACGUCAUGCCGCUGCACGAAAGCAUGCCAGACGUCAUUGCUCGUCAUGUUCGCAUGGACGCCCGAGUCACGUGGCCCAGAGCUGACGAAGUCGCUGGGAGAGUAUACGCUACUGAAUUCGGUCGCACUGGCUUCCAGGGUGGGCUUAAUUAUUACCGGAGCGCACUCUCGCCUCCGCCCCCUGAGCGGAUAGCCCAACUACGUGCUCUAGCUGGACGACGAGUGGAGAUGCCUGCGGCGUUUAUAUCAGGGGCCAGGGAUUGGGGAGUGUAUCAAACUCCAGGGGCUGUGAGAAGAUGCGAGAGGUGGUGUGUAGUGGCGCGGGAGGGCGCGGGCCAUUGGGUGCAACAAGAAGCACCAGAGAUGGUGGUACGGGAGCUUGUGAGGUUUUUAGGCAAGGUAAAAGCUUUGUAG